AUGUCGCCUCCACCUGUCUCCCGCGGGGUUUUUCUACGGCCUCAUGCCGCACUUUCUCAGCUUUAUCACUGCGAUGACAGGCCUAGCUCCCAUAGCUUGGCCUCUCUUUCUAUAUCCACCUACGAGACUAGAACCCCAUCCCUGGUCUCAUCUGACUCUACUCCAUCAAAAUUGUGUGAAGCCGUGAAGACGCCAACAUUUGACUCCUUUUCGGUUUUCCAGAGUCUACAGAGGGACCCGAUGCUAUUGCCUUUCAUCCUACAGCCAUCUACUACAGCAUUCACAGAUGGAGCUGGCAUGACCAACUUUGGUCCCUGUCAGUAUGCUAAACCUACAGAUGCUAUGGCCUCUUGUCUCCAGGUUGUAGAUGAGCUGCUGGUUUUACCUUCGAGCGCUAAGACUCUAUUACCUCACGCACCCAUGGAGGGAUUUGGACCAGCCGAGCUACAUCAGACUAAUGAUCAGGCAAGUGUUUCGCAUAGAGGAUCUUACGAGUGGCCAGUGACAUGUCACCGAAUACGAUCAUAUAAAUUAUCUAGCGCAAAUAAUGUGAUAGCAAGUUCUAAAGAUAGUUAG